UUAAAGAAAGACAUGCAAUGUUGUGUCUUAUCCCUAAUAUAUCAAUGGUUUUAAUCUUCCUGUCAUUGGUCAGGGAAUGAGAAAGUCUUCCCACUUUCUAGUAGGAUUCGUUUCUUCAGUAUGUUACUGACUGCGGUGAGAUAUGAGUUUGUUGUGCAGUGUUCAUAUGAUGCUCAAGUUUUCAUGAAGUUUUGUGACUUUUGCAUCGACAUAGAAAUUAUGUCGACUCAAAAUGGGUAAUUUAUCAAUACUAGUGAAAUUUAGUGCGGUACUUUUCUUUUGCACUUUGGAUUAUACGCAAGCUGAUAACGAAUUACAAGAAUGUAUUGAAGGACAAAGUGGUUGCAAAAGAUGUAGAGAUGGAACAUGUGCAAGAUGUGCAAUUCUUUUACAUCAAGGUACUUGUGUUGAUACUUGCCCACCAGGCCAUAUUGCAGAUUGGUCAACUAGAGAUGAAUACAUGGGAAAAAUUUGUAAAGAAACAGGAUAUAUGUUUGGAUUUACUGGUAGUCAAGUAGCUAUUUUGGUGGGAGUUGUUUCUGGUGCAACUAUAUGUAUUCUGAUAAUAUUAUGUGGAGCUAUAAUUGUACAUAGAAGAAAAAAAAAAGCUGCUAAAUUAAUCCAACAGUUUGAAGACAGUGCAGAGAGAAGAGAAUUUUUAAAACAUUUGACAAUAUUGAGAGGAGAAGGUAAUACAUUUCUUUCCAUGCUCAAUGAUACUAGAAAACAAGUUAGGGAAUUAUACUAUUCUGGAAAUAAUGGAGAUGGUGCUGUUGGAAUACAAGCAUAUAGACCAGUUCUACGUGAUUUGGCAAGAAUAUUAGUUCUUAUUAAUAGAAGAGAUGAUGAAAUACCAGUUCCUCCAGAUGAUUGGCAAAGACUUUUUUCAUGGGCAGAAAGACUAUUAAGGCGAUAUAAAAGGCAUAGUUCUCCUGAAGUGGCUCAACUUGUAACAUUCUUGCAACAACCAACAGUAUCCGUCCAAAUGAAUUUACCACAGCAAAUAACAAUCACGCAAUCACUUCAGUCUUAUGAACCAAGAACCACUCCAACUAAUCUGACUACAUUCCAACCAAAUGUACCACUUACAACAUUUCAAGCAAGUGACAAAUCAAGUAUUAGUCCUGCUAGUUCCAGUCUUGGAUAUGUAAAAGACAGUCCUGUAAGUUCCAGUCUGGGACAGAAUAGUUCUGGAGUUUAUAAUGAGAAACUUAGUCCAAAUGGAUCUAGCAUAGGUCAAACAACUCCACUAGUAUAUGAUAAUCAAAAACGACUGAAACCUUCAAAUACACAUUUUCAGGAACUUGCUAUUUCAACUUUUAAUCAUAAUUAUAAUACUGGUGCAUUAACAGAAUCUAAUUGUACAAUAGAUGAAUGCGAGGCAAAUGGACUUGAUCGUGAAUUAAAUCCUCAAUGGGAAUUUCAAAGUAGUACAGAGGCUGCUAAUUAUACUAUUUUAUCAGAUUGGUCACCUGCUCGUGAAUACCUCAUUGAUGACUUUACAAUUCUUGGUUUUCGACCACAAGAUGAAAUUACCACAGAACUGUAAAUAAUAUAUAAUAAUAUACAUAAUUUAUAUAUUUUUUUUAUACUAUUUCCUCAUAAAGAUACAUUUUCUAUAUUAAAAGGACAUAUUUUAUAUUUUUUCAUUGAUUUUAAAAUUAUAAUAUUUGAAAUUAUUCAAAAAUGUUAUAUAUCUUCAUAUUAUUGGAUUAAUUUAUUUGUAUUUAAUAUAUUUUCAAUAUAAUUAUAAUUAUAUAAUUCAUUUUUAUAAAAUGAAAUUUUAAACAAAUUUAUUAUUCUAUAUUAUUUUUUAAAUGUUCAAGUAUAUAAAAUAUUUUAUAAUCAUGAGACAAGUUGAAAUAUUUUCCAUACUAAAAGAAAUAAAAAAGUUUUUUAUUAUAUUUUAGAUCAAAGUUCAAUUUUUAAAAAUAAAAAUUUAAAAAUCACAUUUUUAAUGUAUAUUAUUUAAAUAUUAAAUAAAAAAAACAUAUUGACUUUAUCAAUUCAUUUUGACGAACCAGUCGAACAAAAAGAAUAAUAAAAGAAAAAUAUAUUUUAAUUUAUUAGUUUACAUUUAAGUUUUAAAUUAACAUAGCAGAUAUAAGAUACAAAGAUAUAAUAUUAUUUUUUGAUUUUAUAAUUAAAAAAUAUACAUAUAGCAUAAUUUAAAAUCUAAAAUUUUUCAAAUUGUACUUUUUUAUUUCUUUUAGUUUAAACAAAAUUAUUCUGUACAUGAUUUUUAAAAAAAAAUCUGUGUGUGUGUAUGUGUAUGAAUGCGUAUAUGUAAUGUAUGUAUUAUGUAAGUAUGAAUUUUUCGAUAGAACGAAUUUAUAAUGAUACCAAAUAAUUAUAAGCGUUUUGAUUUAGAUAAUAUUCUUUAUUUAAUUUUUAUAUUACAAAUGUUUAAUAAUUAUUAUAUAAUUACUAUACUAGUCAAUAUUUUCUUUCAUAAAAUUGUGUCACAAAAUUACAUUCUUUGAUCAUCAAUGUUUGAAAUAAAUUCAUUUCAAAACAUAGUUUUAAUUAAAAACAAAAUUAAAAACAAUUUUAAAUCUUUAUUACAAAUAUUUUUUAUUCAUACACCAACAUAUCGUUAUUAUAUAAAAUAUUAUUAGUAUAUACUGAUUGUUAUAACAUUUGUAUAUUGUUACAUAAAGAACCAAAAUGGUCAAUUGUAUGUAAAAUUGAUGUAAAUAUUAUUAAUAACUGUAAGAGGAUUAUAAAUAUAAUAUAUAUAUUCAUAA